CGACCAAAAAAAGUUGUUAACCUGUCCUGUCCUACUCUUUGAGUGAAAAAUCCUGAGCUCAUGAAAUAAUUCGUUGUAAAAUCAAACAAAGAUUGCUUGCUUAUUUGCAUAAAAGCUAACGAUAACUUGCAUAUUAAAUAUAUGGCAUUUUAAAUUUAGUAUCUAACCUUUUCUUUCUGUACUUCUCGCCGGUGUAAUUGUGAUCAUGGCGAAUCCGUCAUCAGGCGUUGUCGUACCACGUAAUUUUCGCUUACUUGAAGAACUUGAACAAGGGCAAAAAGGUGUUGGUGAUGGCACCAUUUCAUGGGGUCUAGAAAGUGAUGAUGAUAUGACCCUAACUCAUUGGACUGGCAUGAUAAUCGGCCCCCCUAGGACUCCUUAUGAAAAUAGGAUGUACUCUCUUAAAAUUGAAUGUGGUACUAGAUACCCUGACGAGCCUCCAACUGCUAGAUUUAUUUCUAGAAUCAACAUGAACUGUGUAAACAGUCAAACGGGACUUGUGGACAAUCGGCAAGUUCCGAUUCUUGCACGAUGGCAACGAGACUACACUAUCAAGACAGUGCUGCAAGAACUUAGACGUCUCAUGACUUUGAAGGAGAACAUGAAACUCUCCCAGCCACCAGAGGGAAGCACUUUUUAGUUACUUUUGCUGAAUAUGUCUUAAAGUUUACCCAAUCUACCACCAAUGAUUUAUUUGGCUGCAUUUUUAUUGCUAUCAAUAUUCUUGAUGCUUAGAUAUUGAAUAUCACACAGAGCUAAUAUACAUGUCAUAAGUUAAAAAUGGUAUAAAAAUAAUGCAUUUAUCAGCUGGUUUGGUUUAGCAGUGUUGUAUAUUGUUCAUAUUAUUUUGUAUCUGUAGUAGAUUGGGCAAGUGAUUUCAUAUUUUUAAGAAACCUGUCUAAAUAUGCUCUUAACUACCCACUUAGAGGUACACCUGUUUAUUUAUCAUACCUAAAUUACUGUGGCCUUUUAAAGUUAAACUUGCUUUGAUAUUUUAAGGCUAGUUUACUG